AUGGCGACUGAAGAACAGCGCAAAAAAGGGCUCCAAAAGAGGCUAAAAAUGACAACGAAAGAAAUUGACGCUGCGAUUCAGAGAUGGCCAAAAAUGCUGUCUCUCAAAGAAGAAAAUGUGCUGCACACAGCAGACUGGAUCCAAGAAUAUCUACAACUCAAAGACAGCACCCUCAGAAAGAUUGUCCUCAAAUGCCCAAGCAUCCGGGGCUGCAAUGUGAACACACUGGAGGGAAAACUGAAGUACUAUUACCAAGAAACCUUUGGUUGGACGAUCAAGGACCUAGCAAAAGUCAUGAGGGCUUUUCACAUUAUGACUCUUUCCAUUGAAGAGAAAAUUGAGCCAAAACGACAGUGGUUGAGCACUACAUUCAAUGUAACCAAUGAGGACAUCUCCAAACUCAUCAUGAAGAACCCAGCAAUAUUUGAUGCUAGUCUGAAUGACACGGCUGACAGAUUGGAAUUCCUCCAGGACCAGUUGGAACUCAAUUCAACAGAAACAAAAUGGAAGUUUCUAUGGCAAGCUCCAAAUGUCUUGGCCUUUACAAGGGACACUUUGAAUGACAAGCUUACUUGGUUCCAAUCAUCUUCCCUUGGCCUUACAAAAAGCCAGACAGCAAAAGUGAUCAGAAAACAACCAACAUUGCUUAGCACUAGCAUUGAAAAUAAUUUGGCUCAAUUAUCACUUUGGUCACAGUGA